UAUCGAUAACUUCAUCAGCAGUUUAGUGCCAUCUUUAAGACUUGCAUAAUUUUAAAAAUUCGUUUCCUAUAAUAAAUCUUAAUUUAAAUUUAAAAACUAUGAAACGGAGCUGCCGGGCUUUAAUACGCCACGUGCGGCAUGCCUCCACCACUGCCCCCAAAGGGGCCACAUCGGCUUCAGCCAGUGCAGCAGGAGAAAGCGUAAUCAAACCGGAACCGGCUGCACGUGCCACAUUUCUGGAGAGGAUUCAGCGUGGUCCUGGCCUGCAGGAUUUCUUUGCAGUGAAGCCCGCAGCCCGGCUGAAGCUGAACGAGGAGGAGCCGGUGGAGACCAGUGUACCCUACCUCAAUGCCGUAGAUUUCAAUGGUCAGGGAAGGAAAGUGCACUUCGAGGUCUACGGCUGCCAGAUGAACACCAAUGACACGGAGGUGGUGUGGAGCAUCCUGCAGAAGGAGGGUUACCUGCGGUGCCAGGAGCCCGAGCAGGCGGAUGUCAUCAUGCUGGUGACGUGUGCCGUGCGCGACGGAGCAGAGCAGAGGAUUUGGAACCGCUUGAAGCACCUGCGAGCGAUGAAGAGCAAGCGUAGCCCGAGGCGGCAUCCCCUCCAGCUUACCCUUCUGGGCUGCAUGGCGGAGCGGCUGAAGGAGCGUCUGCUGGAGCAGGAACAGUGCGUGGAUGUCAUCGCCGGACCGGAUAGCUACAAGGAUUUGCCCAGGCUACUGGCCGUGUCCCGUCACUACGGAAAUUCGGCCAUCAACGUGCUCCUCUCCCUAGAUGAAACCUAUGCGGAUGUAAUGCCCGUGCGGUUGAACUCUGAAUCCCCCACAGCGUUCGUCUCCAUAAUGCGAGGAUGCGACAACAUGUGUACCUACUGCAUAGUUCCCUUUACCCGCGGACGUGAACGCUCUCGACCGCUGGCAUCCAUAGUCAACGAAGUCAAGGCCUUGGCGGAGCAGGGCGUGAAGGAGGUGACACUGCUGGGACAGAAUGUCAACUCCUACCGGGACAGGAGUGCUGUGGAGGAGAGGGAAGCUACCAAUACCACGCCCGUGCCAGGUUUCAGCACCGUUUACAAGCCCAAAAAGGGCGGAACCCCCUUUGCAGAGCUUCUGGAAGCCGUAGCCGAAGCUGUUCCCGAAAUGCGCAUCCGUUUUACCUCGCCGCACCCGAAGGACUUCUCCGAUGAGGUUCUAAGAGUCAUCCGAGAUUACUCGAAUGUCUGCAAACAGCUGCACUUGCCCGCACAAUCUGGUAACACCCAAGUUCUGGAGAGGAUGAGGCGAGGUUACAGCCGAGAAGCCUACCUGGAGCUAGUGCAGCACAUCAGGGAGUUUCUGCCCAAUGUGGGCCUCUCCAGUGACUUUAUCUGCGGCUUUUGCGGCGAGACGGAGGCUGAGUUCCAGGACACCGUCACCCUCAUCCAGCAGGUGCAGUACAACGUGGCCUAUCUGUUCGCCUACAGCAUGCGGGAGAAGACCACAGCCCAUCGUCGCUACAAGGAUGAUGUCCCACUGAAUGUAAAGAACGAGCGACUCAAGCGCAUGGUCUUGGCUUUCCGAGAGGAAGCCACCAAGCUGCACCGUCAAAUGGAGGGACAGGAGCAGCUCAUCCUCAUAGAAGGCAAGAGCAAGCGCUCGGACACGCACUGGUUUGGUCGCAACGAUGCCAAUAUCAAGGUGAUUGUGCCGGCUAUGGAAUUGCCCACUGAACAAGGUGGUGGAGCAACCAAAUCCCUGGCUGUAGGUGACUUUGUGGUGGCCCGAAUUAACGAAUCCAACUCCCAGGUACUCAAGGGAACUCCACUUCACAUAACCAGCAUAAGCAACUUCCACAGAAGGACAGAGUUUACGCAAUAAAUCAAACUUUAAUCGUAA